AGCGCGGAACUAGCAAAGAAACGCAUCGGAGUUCUGUCGACGUAGUAGCAGACUAGCAGCCUCCUACAGAGUCCAUGGCGAUAGAGAGGUUCCUGAUGACGCUCGUCUUCUGCGAGGCGCCCCUCGACGGCUGCGGCACCACCGGGGCGAUCAAGCAGCUGGUCUCCGGCGGGGCGACGAAGCCUGCGCCAAACAAGGCCGAUGCACAGAAGGGGCAGGGGUUGUCCGGCAAGUCAACGGCGGAGCGGCGUGCUGGGUUCGAGCUCGCCUUCGACGGCCUCCACUGCUUCGACACCGUCGUCAUGCACUAAUUAAGCAUGCUCUGGUCGAUUAACUACGAACGGAACUGUAUGUCGUUGUCAAGCCUGACUGCUCUCUUUCUCUCAGCUCACCCACGGACAAAGGUAGGAAAAAGGAGACACACCAGACACGAGGAUUUUUCGGCCGGCGCACAAACGGCUCCGUGCGCGCACGCACGCCCUAAUCUUCUCCCUCUUUCCAGCGGCUACAUCACGGCAACUCUGGAUCCUCUCACGACACUGCACUUUGGUCCCUUAUAUAACCAGGACAUGUGUGUAAGCCACUAACACCACCUAGCACUCACGCGCACACACAGGCAACUACCUGAUCCUAUUUCUACUGCCACUAACUCACGACCUACAUGCACGCACACCACACCGGCCAUCCACACAUGACCCGGCCAAACACAUGGGCAUGCAUGGGCUAGCUAACAACCUGGUCAUGGACUUGCGCCACGCACGCACCCACGCGUGCACCUAACGUGGUUUACUCCAACACUGUACUGAUCUUCUCAUUUGAUUACAGGUGGACGAAAGUGAGGCCACGACCAGGAGCUAAGCUGCGGCGGACUGGAGAUUUUCCCUGUGUUAAUGCCCUCUCUCUCUCUCUAAACUUCCAUGUCUGCCCUCUGGGUUAACUUACUCUCUGUUAAUUCUCUAUGAAGAAUCAACAUAACGUGAAUCCCAGACUCUGAAUGUGUGCAACGGGUUCAGUGGACAUGUACGAUCGUAUACUACAGUUUCGUCUAAUCAAUGUAAUUGAGCUAUUUUUUGGCACUCUCAAAGUGAUUGUUAUGAACCAGUGCAUAAUAAGAAUCCGUGGCAAAAUAUUUCAGUAGUUCAUAGCAAUAGAAAGUUUAUUACAAGGGGUGGUGACCAUCGUCUCAUAGCGAGGUCAUCUCAACAAAUUAUCCAUCUUUUAUCCUUGCAGCCCAAUACAAAGUUGGCUUCCUAUAACCACUUCUUAUCUUCUCAACAAACUGAAAAAUGGCCAUUCCUAGCCCUGGAUGGGGAUACCCGCAGCCACCUAAAUCUAUCCGGCAAACCUAAUGGACCCCUAAUUA